AUGUCUUUGAGCCGACAAUGGCAGAAGCUCGAUCGCUGGCUCAGCCAGGUCGCGGUAACCGGGUUUCUGAAGCCUAGAAACCUUCAUUACGCGUGCGCACUUUCCGGGCCAAUCGCGGGCGGAUUUUUCAUCUCUUGCUUCAUCGCCUCGGGCUUCCUGCCGCCUAUGCGCCCAUGGUGGUCAGCAGAGCGAUCGCUAGAGCACUACCAAGCGCACUUGACCGGGAUGCACGUGGGCAGCGCUCUCAUGAUGUUCGCCGGCGCCUUCUUUAUCCCGUUCUACUGCGUUGUCGCCGACCAGAUGCAGCGCAUGCCGAACAUGCCUUGGAUUCUGCCACAACUGCAACUCGCCUCUGGCACUGCAUCUACGAUCGGUUUCUUCCUUCCAGGGAUGCAGCUCGCGGUAGCGGCAUUCCGGAGAGAUAGAGAACCCGCACUCCUCGAGCUCGCCAACGACUCCUUCUGGAUAUUUGCGAUCAUGCCCUUCUCAUCCUUCUUUCCACUUUGCUGGAGCUGGGCGUACGCCAUUCUUCUCGAUACUCGGGAGAAGCCACUCUACCCGAAGUAUAUGGCGAUCGGCAACUUCAUUGUACCGUUCAUGUUCCUUUGGUCCGCGGCAAUUCACGCUACCCAUUCGGGGCCCUUCGCUUGGAACGGGGGAUUCGGGUUUUGGACACCGCUGGGGGUGUUCGGCCUGUUGUUUGUUGGGGAUACCUACUUCUUGCUGAAGGCUAUUCAAAAGGACUUUGCGGAGGAAGAUACAAGUGGAAUAUUGUGUAACAGCAUCCGAAGUGAGGCUCCGAAGAAUGAGCCUUGA